AUGCCUCAGAACUUCCACUUGAGUUGGAAGGAUGGCCUCGCUUUCUGUGCCUUAAUCCACAGACAUCGGCCAGAUUUGCUCGACUACUCCAAGCUCUCUAAAGACAACCCGUUAGAGAAUCUGAACCUCGCGUUCGAUAUCGCGGAGAAACACCUGAAUAUUCCCCGAAUGUUGGACGCGGAA